UUUGUCGUUUUGGUGUGUACAGAAUUGGCCUCAGUUAAGUGACUCGGUAGCGUCAAAGAGGGGCGUUCGCUGCGUGCGCGAAGCCAAUGCCGAGCACGAGGAAGGGUCUAGACGGCAGGCUGCAUGCGCGGAUGGGCGAUGAGCACCGCACGAGGGCCGCAGCGCACCGCUGAAGCCGCCGUUCUGCACCUGGCGUGUUGGCCUGCACCUCCGGUAUCGCGGAGGCUCUUUGCGCUGAAAUUUGGCGGGCGCGCGCCAAUCAUGACGACGCCGGCGAGCAGCCUCGCGCACGCUCGCUGCCUGCCCCGCCGAAGCGCGCUAGCCGCCCAUUCCGGCCUAGCUGCGCGCCGGGCGGUGAGCCGGGGCAGUUCGCUUCGCACACUUUCAUUUUGACCUGGACACUCGCCGUCGCUGAAAAGUCACCUGCACGCUCAACACCACACCCGGACCCCGACAACCCACCCGUCGCACGACUUCACACAUC